AUGAUUAAACUUCCCGCUAAACUGCUUGGUUCCAGAUUUUAUUCUUCUGUAACCAACCAGAAUCGUUAUUCUGUCACUAGGCACAAUGCUCCAAAGAAAUGUCCAGAGUCCGGCCAUUACAAUAAAAUUCCAAUUGGCAAAGAAGCUGCUAGGUUACAAUCCCAACCUAAAGUGACUAGACUGUCUGUCGAUGGACCAAUUGAAUGUCCUUUGGAAGGUUUCCAAUUGUUGAAUUCACCAUUGUUCAAUAAGGGAUCGGCUUUCACUUUGGAAGAAAGAAAGGCAUUCGGUCUAGAUGGGUUGCUACCACCACAAGUGAACACCUUGGAUGAACAAGUGGAAAGAGCUUACAAGCAACUCUGUUACUUGAAGACCCCAUUGGCUAAGAACGAUUUCAUGACUUCGAUGAGAGUGCAGAACAAGGUUCUUUUCUUCGAAUUGGUCAGAAGACACAUUAGACAACUGGUACCGAUCAUUUAUACCCCAACUGAAGGUGAUGCCAUUGCUGCAUACUCUCACAGAUUUAGGAAACCUGAAGGUGUCUUCUUAGACAUUACCGAGCCAGACAGUAUUGAUUCUCGGUUGGCUGCUUACGGUGAGGAUAAGGACGUUGACUAUGUUGUCGUCUCUGAUGGUGAAGGUAUUCUAGGUAUCGGUGAUCAAGGUAUCGGUGCUAUCAGAAUCGCUAUCUCGAAAUUGGCAUUAAUGACCCUUUGUGGUGGUGUCCACCCAGGUAGAGUGAUGCCAGUUGCAUUAGAUGUUGGUACUAAUAACAAGCAAUUGGCUAGAGACGAAUUGUACAUGGGUAACAGAUUCAGUCGUAUUCGUGGUAAACAAUAUGAUCAAUUUUUGGACAAGUUCAUCAAGGCUUUGAAACAUAGAUUCCCAAAUGCAGUGCUACAUUUCGAAGAUUUCGGUGUAACUACUGCUAGAACUUUAUUAGAACGUUACAGAAACGAAUUACCAUGUUUCAACGAUGAUAUCCAGGGUACUGGUGCCGUUGUUAUGGCCUCUUUCAUCGCUGCUCUAAAACAUACCAAUAGAGAAUUGGUGGAUUCGAGGAUCUUGGUUUAUGGUGCUGGUUCCGCUGGUUUAGGUAUCGCUGAUCAAAUAGUUAAUCAUAUGGUCACUCACGGCUGUACUCCAGAGGAGGCAAGAGCCAAGAUUUAUCUAAUGGACAGAAAGGGUUUGAUUCUAGAUACCAUGGAAAAUGACUCUAAUCCAGCCCAAUUUUUAUACGCCAAACCAAGUGAAAACUGGGAAGGUGCCAACACACAGUCAUUGGUGGAUGUUGUAUCAAAGGUAAAACCAACCUGUUUGAUUGGUUGUUCAACCCAAGCAGGUGCCUUCAACAAGGUUGUCGUAGAAGAAAUGUACAAACAUAACCCAAGACCUAUCAUUUUCCCACUUUCAAACCCAACAAGACUACAUGAAGCUGUACCAGAAGAUUUACUGAAAUGGACAAACUACGAUGCUCUUGUCGCUACUGGUUCUCCAUUCCCACCUGUAGAUGGAUACCGUAUCUCAGAGAACAACAACUGUUUCUCUUUCCCAGGUAUCGGUCUAGGUGCUGUUCUAUCGCGUGCUAAGGUCAUCUCAGAUAAGAUGAUCAGUGCCGCAGUGGAUCAAUUAGCUGAUUUGUCACCAUUGAAACCAGGUGACUCUAAACCAGGUUUGUUGCCACCUCUUGAAGAAAUCAACGACACCUCCGCUAGAGUCGCUACCGCUGUCAUCCUACAAGCUCUUGAAGAGGGUUCUGCAAGAAUUGAAGAAGAAAACGUUCCAGGUACAGAUAAAAAGGUUCAAGUCCCAAGAGAUUUCAACAAAUGUCUUGAAUGGGUUAUCAAACAAAUGUGGAAGCCAGAAUAUAGACCGUUGAUAAAGGUGGAACAUGAUCCUGCGGUACAUACCCACCAAUUCUGA